GCGGCGGCGGGGCGCGGCGGAAGCGCGCGGCCGUUUCCGCCGGUGGCGGCUGAGUCACUGGGGCCGCGCCGGGAGCCGCCGCCGCCGCCGCGAUGCCGCUGGAGAACCUGGAGGAGGAGGGGCUGCCCAAGAACCCCGACCUCCGCAUCGCCCAGCUCCGCUUCCUCCUCAGCCUGCGGCCGCGCGCCCCCGACCCCGCCGCCCGCGACGAGCUCAUGGCGGCCGUGCGGCUCCACAACAUGGCCCCGUACUACGAGGCGCUGUGCAAGUCCCUCGAGUGGCAGGUGGACGCGGACCUGCUGAGCAAGAUGAAGAAGGCCAACGAGGAGGAGCUGAAGCGCCUCGACAACGAGCUGGAAGACGCCGAGAAGAUCCUGGGGGAGAGCGAGAUCCGCGACGCGAUGAUGGCCAAGGCCGAGUACCUCUGCAGGAUCGGGGACAAGGAGGGAGCCCUGACUGCGUUUCGUAAGACCUACGACAAAACUGUGGCGCUGGGACACCGUCUGGAUAUUGUAUUCUACCUUCUAAGGAUUGGCUUGUUUUAUAUGGAUAACGACCUCAUCACACGGAACAUUGAAAAAGCAAAAAGUCUAAUAGAAGAAGGAGGAGACUGGGACAGGAGAAACCGUCUAAAGGUGUACCAGGGUCUUUACUGUGUAGCUAUUCGAGAUUUCAAACAAGCAGCGGAGCUCUUUCUUGAUACAGUUUCAACAUUCACAUCCUAUGAACUUAUGGACUACAAAACAUUUGUAACAUACACUGUCUAUGUCAGCAUGAUUGCAUUAGACAGGCCUGACCUUAGGGAGAAGGUUAUUAAAGGAGCAGAGAUUCUGGAAGUUUUGCAUAGCUUGCCAGCUGUACGACAGUAUCUCUUUUCUCUUUAUGAAUGCCGUUAUGCAGCCUUUUUCCAGUCAUUAGCUAUUGUAGAGCAAGAGAUGAAAAAAGAUUGGCUGUUUGCACCUCACUAUCGAUACUAUGUACGGGAAAUGAGAAUUCAUGCAUAUAGCCAGCUCCUAGAGUCUUACCGGUCGUUGACGUUAGGAUACAUGGCAGAAGCAUUUGGAGUCAGUGUAGAAUUUAUAGAUCAGGAGCUUUCAAGAUUUAUUGCAGCUGGGCGAUUGCACUGCAAAAUAGACAAAGUAAAUGAGAUUGUAGAAACUAACAGGCCUGAUAGCAAGAACUGGCAGUACCAAGAAACCAUCAAGAAAGGAGAUCUGCUGCUAAACAGAGUUCAGAAACUUUCCAGAGUAAUUAAUAUGUAAUUUUUUUAAUGCAAGGGAAGGGAAUGCAAAAUUUAGAUGUUUAAAAAAAUUUUGGAAGUAACCUAUAAAUAUAUUGUAUAACUUGGUAUACUGUAGGUAAGAAAAUUACUAGUGAGAGAAGUAGUGUUUUUACAGUCCACUUCAUUAUGUAAAACAACGUUCCAUUUUGGUGUACGGAUCCCAGUUCAUUUAUUAAAUAUAUGAUACAGUUGA